AUGGCCGAAACAGCAAGAACAACUUUCUUUCACCGCGGAUGGACAAACUUCUCUGGACAAUUUAAUACUGCAUCCAUCGAUAUGAGAUUCAAUUUCUCGGAAGAACAACAUAUUUCUUCUUCACACCAUGCAAUUCUUGCCUUUAUUGUACCGGUGAUCAUCAACCUCCAACAAUUGAAUUAUCAAGGAAAGGACAAAACUCCAUUUGAAACCCAUCCCAAAACCAUGGGGGUUGCCCUUACUAGUUUGCUCCUAUAUUACAUCUUGUCUAAAGCAAACCUGAGAUUUUCCUCUCCAGUUUGUGCCAGUAUUCUUUGCUAUGGUAUGGAAUUGUUUGGGUUUUUGACAUUGACAUCUUUAGCAUCAACUUUGUUCCCAGACUCUGUCAUGCCAGUUCUCUAUGUAUCAUUCAUCAUGUUCUUAGCAUGUGAUUUGAUACAAUGGUUUUGCUGGACAAUAAUGAGGGAACCUGGAGAAUUAGGCUUUCAUGGUAGACCCAUUGCACGCCAUUUCAUUGAUUCACAUAGGCACAGGGCACAUGCUUUUACAAGCGAGAGGAACAUACUUCCAGUCUAA